GCCUCUUCCUGCGCCACUCUGCGUGCUGGAUGGAGAUCCACAGUCAAGAGCCGCAGCUCAGUGCUGGAGUACAACAUUGCCCAGGGAGCCCUGCAGGAGCAACACCUGUUCCGAGCCAGCCAAGAGAGACACCAGCACUUGUAUGGUGCUGCUUUGCUUGUGGAUCGGCAAUACCCCCAAACCAGUGGACAUCUGCUGAGCCUCCUGAGAAUUCUGGAUAAUAGAAUUUGGACGUCAAAAGUUUUUUCUUUUUUUUUUCUUCUUUUUUUUGCAUUUUUUCCUUUUUUUUUUUUUUUGGCAAUUUUUGAAAAUUUUUAAUUAAUUUAUUAUUAUUAUAUAUAUUUUUUUAAUUCUUAAUUUUUUGGGGGAUUUCUCUCAGCCAACAUCGUGAGAUCUCCCCCCCCCCCUCCCCCUUUGCGGGAUUCAUGCUGAUGUAUGCAGUCUGUUAUAGAGUAAAAACAGCGCAUGCCUUUCUGGAGUCAGAAUCCAUAAAUCCUGACGUAGCCUGUGCAUCUUAAAAAAACCCCUCUACCGCCUAGGUAUUUAAGUUGCUAUGGUCAUUCUAUUCUUAAACCAAAUGGAGAAACUACGGAUUUUUUUUCUUUAUUACGGUUGGAUGGGCUGAAGACCUUAUUGCUUGCUAAGAGCUGGGGAAUAUAUGCGUUUCUAUAGAUAUACACAUCUAUAUGUUUAUAAAUAUGUCAGUGUGUGAGUAUAAAGUGGUGGUUUCUUAGACUAACUGGUUUGACCUUGAACCUGUACCAGUCAAAGCAGAAUAUUACUUUUAUUUAUGCGUUUAAUGGAUUGAAGAAAGAACAUUCUCUCUGUAACCGCGCUAGGGAGGGGAGAGGAGUGGAAUAUACCUAUCUUAUAUCUCCUGGGUUUGGCACCAUCAUUACUGUUUAUUCUUAUUCUCUAAAAGCAGAAUCUUCUGAUGGCUCCCUUAGGUGAAGUUGGGAACUAUUUCGGUGUGCAGGACGCGGUGCCCUUUGGGAACGUGCCCGCGCUGCCGGCGGACAGCCCGGUUUUGCUCAGUGACCACCUGGGCCAGGCUGAGGCAGGUGGGCUGCCCAGGGGCCCCGCGGUCACGGACUUGGACCAUUUAAAGGGGAUCCUCAGGCGGAGGCAGCUCUACUGCAGGACUGGAUUUCAUUUAGAAAUCUUCCCCAAUGGUACUAUCCAGGGCACCAGGCAAGACCACAGCCGAUUCGGUAUACUGGAGUUCAUCAGUAUAGCAGUAGGCCUGGUCAGCAUCCGAGGAGUAGACAGCGGACUCUACCUUGGAAUGAAUGAGAAAGGGGAACUCUACGGCUCGGAAAAAUUAACCCAGGAGUGUGUAUUCAGAGAGCAGUUUGAAGAAAACUGGUAUAACACAUAUUCAUCAAAUCUAUAUAAACACGUGGACACUGGAAGACGAUACUACGUUGCGUUAAAUAAAGAUGGGACUCCAAGAGAAGGGACUAGGACUAAACGGCAUCAAAAAUUUACACAUUUUUUACCUAGACCAGUGGACCCUGAGAAAGUACCUGAACUAUAUAAGGAUAUUUUAAGCCAAAGUUGACAAAGACAAUUCCUUCACUUGAGCCCUUAAAAAGUAACCACUAUAAAGGUUUCAUGCGGUGGGUUCUUAUUGAUUAGCUGUGUCAUCACAUCAGCUCCACUGUUGCCAAACUUUGUCGCAUGCAUAAUGUAUGAUGGAGGCUUGGAUGGAACAUGCUGAUUUUGUUCUGCACUUAAAGGUUUGUCCUCCUGGAGGAGAGCCUAUGCCCACUCGCUUGAUUUAGUACGAGAGGGAGAGUGCGAGAGAGUGAGUGAGAGCGAGAGGAAGCGAGAGCGUGAAUGGGAGUGAGAGAGAAGGGAGCCAGAGGGAGGAGGAGAACGGCCUGAUGCAUGCUGGGGAAUGGACACGCUUUUAAAUUUUUGAUCAGUUGUACUUCGUCAUAUAUCAGCAUAGCUGCCAUACUUUGAUUCAUCGGGAUUUUUGGCUGGUGGCCUGCUCAAGUGUACGCUGCAUUUACAAAGGCAUGGAGGGUGCAGUCUUACGUAGACAAGAGACUUUUCAGUUAAUCGCUCGCUGGGUCUCACCCCGCUGAGUUUAAAGCAAAGACCUCUUAGUAAAAAAAAUAAAAAUAAAAAAUAAAAAUGAAAAGUUAAAUUUAUUUAUAGAAAUUCCAAAGGCAACAUUUUAUUUAUUUUAUAUAUUUAUUUAUUAUAUAGAGUUUAUUUUUAAUGAAAUAUGUACAGGCCAGAUAGGCAUUUUGGAAGCUUUAGGCUCUGUAAGCAUUAAAAUGGCAAAGGCCACUAUGAACCUGUGGUAAAUUCAUGCAAGUAAAUAUAAAGGUGCAUGGGUAAAAAGGAUAACAAUAAAAAGGUAAUAAUAAUGAAUUCUAGUGACCCUCAUGUACUAAAGGCGACAAUCUCUUUUGUGCCCAUAUUAUUGUAAAAGUAUGCAUACCACUCAUGACACUGAGUACUCACUCUUCUGACUGCUUGUUUCAUAGCUUACCCCCAGAGGAUUAAAAAGAAAACUGGGUCUCCAAC